AUGGCGCCGAGGGUGCACAAUCUCCUGCUGCUGGUGCUCUGGACGCAGAUGGCUCCCGCCCGGCCCGGCCCCAAAGAAGAAGGCGAUGGAGGGUGGCAGCGGCGCGGAGCCGCCCCGGCGGCGGCGGCAGAGGAGCGCUGCACCGUGGAGCGCAGGGCUGACCUAAGCUACGCGGAGUUCGUUCAGCACUACGCCUUCUCCAGACCUGUUAUUCUGCAGGGACUCACCAACAACUCGAGGUUCCAGGCCCUGUGCUCCCGCAAAAGGCUGCUGGCAUUAUUUGGGGACAAGGUGAUUCGGCUGAGCACUGCCAACACCUACUCCUACCAGAAAGUGGACCUACCCUUCCAGGAGUAUGUGGAGCAGCUGCACCCCCAGGACCCUACCUCCCUAGGCAAUGACACUCUGUACUUCUUUGGGGACAACAACUUCACUGAAUGGGCAUCACUCUUUCAGCAUUACAUCCCACCCCCAUUUGGUCUGCUAGGUACUACUCCUGCCUACAGCUUUGGGAUCGCAGGAGCUGGCUCUGGGGUGCCCUUCCACUGGCAUGGGCCUGGAUUCUCAGAAGUGAUCUACGGACGAAAGCGCUGGUUCCUAUAUCCCCCUGAGAAGACACCAGAGUUCCACCCCAAUAAGACCACUCUGGCCUGGCUCCAGGACACCUACCCAGCCCUGACACCAUCUGCACGGCCCUUGGAGUGCACCAUCCAGGCUGGUGAGGUUCUGUAUUUCCCUGACCGAUGGUGGCACGCCACACUCAACCUCGAAACCAGUGUUUUCAUCUCUACCUUCCUCAGCUAG